AUGGCUUCGACAGUAUUUGUGUGCUUGCAUUCCUGUUUGAUGUGCACAUAUACCUUUUUCCAGGAAAUUUUUUUUAACCUUUCAGGGCCCUUGCACCUUACUUGCGUUGACUGGAAUAAUGUGCAUCAUCGGAGGUCAGUUGCUGCUUGUUUAGUUCAAGGUGUCUAUAUCUUAGAGCGGGACCGCCAGGAGAAACGUGAAGGUCCCCAGGCUCUUGCUCCUCCUUGGUGGGAAUUUUUCAAUUUUCAGUUGCUGCGCAAACUUGUAGAUAACGUCGACUCUUCUAUCUUUGGUGCCAUCUUUGAGUAUAAGCCUCCAUCAUCCUCAGGGAACCACUCAGCAGAUGGACCGCAUUUCGUGGUUGCCUUCCGGGGCACUAUGACCAAGAAAGAAUCGGUCUCUCGAGAUAUUAGGCUGGAUCUUCACUUUAUCCAGCAUGGGCUCCACUCCACAUCUCGCUUCGAGACUGCCAUGCAGGCGGUACGAAAUAUGGUUGCAACUGCUGGCGAGUCUAGGGUCUGGUUAGCUGGCCACUCCCUGGGGUCUGCCCUUGCUCUGCUAGCAGGAAAGAACAUGGCGAAAACGGGAUUUUUUCUCGAGUCUUUCCUCUUCAAUCCGCCUUAUGUGUCUGCCCCGGUUGAGAAGAUCAAGAAUACUAAAGUGAAGCUCGGUAUUCGCUUCACCACCAGCGUGAUCACAGCUGGGCUCACGUUAGCCAUGAAGGCUCCACAUCUCAGGAAUCAAUCUGCCGAUUCUUUUGCUGCUUUAUCUGCUUGGGUCCCUCAACUGUAUGUCAAUGCAGCUGAUCACGUCUGUUCAGAGUACAUUGGCUAUUUUGAGCACCGAAACAAGAUGAAAGAGAUCGGAGCAGGAGCUAUCGAGAAGUUAGCUACUCCGCACUCUAUUGGAUCGCUGUUCAUGAGCGCAAUGGGGAAGCAGGCAGAGCCUUUGCACCUAAUCCCCUCCGCAAAUCUGUCAGUCAAUUUAAAUCCAUCGCCGGAGUUCAAGAGGGCGCAUGGUAUUCACCAGUGGUGGGGACAUGACCUGAACCUGCAAUCCAAAGUUUACAAGUACAGUUAGUAUUGGUGGUAUUGUUGGACCAUUUGAUGUUGUAUAUGCAUUUGUAUCUGAUGGUGUGAUUGAACCUCCACAAGCCAU